AGUUCUCCAUCGCCAAUAAACAGCUACUGACGUUAGGCAAAACUAAACGAACCACUAAACCUCGCCGACUUGGUUUCAGAUUACACAUGGUACCACAAAGGUGUCUCUAUUUGGUCUAUAAAUACAAACGCUUAGCCCACAUCUCUCAUCAUCAAUCUAAAACAUAAAACACACCAAAGUUCAGCUAAAGAAAAAUAUCUUCUUAAGAAAAAUGGCAGAUAACAAGCAAAGCUUCCAAGCCGGUCAAGCCGCUGGUCGUGCUGAGGAGAAGUCUAAUGUGCUGAUGGACAAGGUCAAGGAUGCUGCUACCUCUGCUGGAGCGUCUGCUCAAACCGCAGGACAGAAGAUAUCGGAGACCGCAGGGGGAGCUGUUAAUGUUGUGAAGGAGAAGACCGGCAUGAACAAGUAGCGGAUUCGAAAUCAAAGUGGGAUGUUAUAUAAUAAUCUUUUAAAUUUGGAUUUAAAUAAAAAUUAGUAUUGAUUCUCAUCUGCGUCAUAGUUGUUCUUGUUGUUGUUGUGUUUAGUGUUUUUAAAUUUGAAUUAAUGUUUCUCCCUUUAGGUUUGUAUGUUUGGAUGUUUAUGUAUUUAUUUCCCACUAAUAAACAUGUACAAUUUAAAGUUCCAAAAA